AAGCUGCCGGUCUUUGUAUGGAUCCAUGGAGGUGCAUUAGUUCUUGGAUCAGCAUCAUUCUAUGAUGGCUCAGCAUUAGCAGCCUUUGACAACGUGGUUGUUGUGGCAAUUCAGUACAGAUUGGGUAUAGCUGGAUACUUUAGCACUGGGGAUAGGCAUGCUCGUGGUAACUGGGGGUAUUUGGACCAAGUGGCAGCUCUUCAGUGGAUUCAGGAAAAUAUCAUACACUUUGGAGGAGACCCGGGAUCUGUCACCAUCUGUGGUGAAUCUGCAGGGGGAAUCAGUGUAUCUGCUCUGGUCUUAUCUCCACUGGCAAAGGGCUUGUUCCACAAGGCCAUUUCAGAGAGUGGUACUACAAUUAGGACUUUAUUCACUGAAAAGCCUGAGAAGGAAGCACAGGUGGGUAUUUUGUGCAGGGGAUUUUUUCUGAAAGAUGGUGAUGUUUGGAGUCCAGCCAGGGACACGCAGGUGGCACUCUCAGUCUACACUGUUACUCCUUUUAGGGUGGGUUCUCAUUAUGAAAAGUACCUUUCUUGUUCAUUCCAGGGUGUUUCUUCUCACAUUGUUGAUCUUGUAUUCAAUGAAUACAUUGGGGAAGCAGAGAGCCGUGCUCAGGUGCGAGAUGCCCUUUUUGAUGCAAUAGGAGAUCACAUGUUUACUUUCCCAGCCAUUGAAGUGGCUAGGUACCACAGAGAUGCUGGCCACCCAGUCUACUUCUAUGAAUUUCAACAUCGACCAAGCUCAGCCAUGUCAGCCACAGGUGUCGUUCCAGAGUUUGUAAAAGCAGAUCAUGCAGAUGAGAUUGCCUUUGUCUUUGGAAGGCCAUUCUUAGCAGGGAAUGCUACGGAAGGAGAAAGUAAACUUAGCAGAACUGUUAUGAAGUACUGGACUAACUUUGCUAGAAACGGAAAUCCCAAUGGGGAAGGCUUGGUGCAUUGGCCUCAGUAUGGUCUGGAUGAAAGAUACCUGGAAAUAGACCUCAUACAAAAGGCAGCAAAGAAACUGAAAGAAGACAAAAUGGAGUUUUGGGUACAGCUCACAGAACAGAUGAGGAGUGAAAGAAGGCGAGAGCACACAGAUUUGUGAGAGCUGCAGAGGAUACAUUUUCCUUUUACAGUCUGAAGUAAGGUCAACAGCAAUUUGUCAGAAUGCCGAUUUUAACCUUGACUUUCUAACUCACUAAUGUGUAGUUUGUUGUCAUGAUCGCAGGAAAACUACCCUUGAUUCUCUCCCUCAGUGAACAGAGAGUUUCAGGGGAAGUGCAAGAUGCUCAUGGAAAUAAAAAUCAAUGAUGAA